GCUCUGAGGCGCGGCGAGUUUGGGCGGGAAGCGGGAAAUGGCGCGGCGGUCGUUGCCGUAGGAGCGUGCGGCCCGGGCUCCAUUCUGCAGAUGCUUAAGUGUAAAUGGUGUUCCCGCAGCUUCCACACACCAUGGCCGCGCCGUCGAACUGGGAGAAGAAACAUCUCUGGCUUUACCUGCAGGCUCUGGGCUUCAGUCGGGCGGCUACCGUGAAAAAGUCGGGCGGCAGGCUGCGGCUGGGAGUGACUGCAUUUGACCUACCUAAUUACGGUGCUUUCCACGUUAUCGUCCAGUUCUUGUUCUUUAAGCUGGACAAGAAGCGGGCAGCAAAAACUUUCAGAAAAAUAAUGCUUUCAGAUGGAAAAGAUGUAAGCUCUGAAUUCCGGAAACAGUGCAACGAAUGGCUAGGAGAACUUUCAGAUAAAGAGGGAAGUGGUAUUCCUAAAGUUGGAGGUUCACUUCUUUGUCCUUCUGGUAGAACAUUUGUUCAUCUAAUGUAUCGAUUUGCAAGAUAUAUAGUAAUUGAAGUUAUGAGAAGGAACUCUGCAGGCAGCAAUAAAUCUUUUGUUGGAGAUGUACGCUUGAGUCAUAAGGGUAACUGUGAGGCAAAUAAAAGAUGCAGAGUGGCGUGUAAUGAACUUCUGCAGAUUUUACUGAGGAAGAAUUGUGUCAUCCGAAAAUAUGACAAAACAUCUUCGUGUUUAACUAAAGAAAUAAAACAGAUGAAAUCUGAGUAUGCACACCUUCAGCAACAAUUGCAGAAGAUGGAACCAAAGGACCAAAAUAAAAAUGACAGAGCUGAGAGAAUUCAAAAGGUUCGCAGUAUGUGGCCAUUGGUAAUGGAAACUUUUACGUCUCUGAAAAAGGAAAUGGAGAUUGUAGACUCUGUACUUGGAGAUUGUGUUAAUCAGUAUGCUUUUGAUGGAAGGAACAUUACUGUCAGUGUCCCAUGUGUGUUGGUUGACAGAGUAGAAACUGAAAUGCAAGAAGUGUGCAUAGGAAAUUUAUAUGAAGAUGAAAACCUGAAUUUUUUAACAGUCAUUCAACUAUUAAAUGAAGCCUUAAGAAUUUUAAGAGAUGAACGCUAUCAGUUUGUCUUGGAAAACCACUUACAGCCCUUUGUGGAUAGGAUAAAAUUACAAUGUAAAAUGCUAUCAUGUUUGGAAGCAGCGAGAGUAAGAAUAGAAAAGCAGUACUUUAUUUUGAAUGAAUCAAAUUCUAAAGCACUGAAAGAGUGGAUAAUCAAGUGGGAAAGUUCUGGCUGCUUUUCACCCUGCGGGCAGAAUUUAGAUCUGGGUGAAUUGCAGACUACAUUAGAAGCAGAAGAAAAUAGUGAAGAAGAUGUUCUUUGUCCAAGUCCAGAAUCACUUUCAGAUAUUCUAGAGCGGGAGAUAAAUUAUGAGAACAAUGCCGAGACACUGGAAAGUAGGAUGGUUGAUUCACCGUUAACAGCAACUAGAUGGCUCUCUGCUAAAUAUUCAGAAUUGUCAAAAGGAUCUGAGAACAAAGACCUGCUAACUGAAAAGGACUUGUAUAUUGAACUAGACAGUGGGGAAGAAAAGCCUGUGCCUCCAAAGAUCUCAGAAGAUGAAAAACAUGAGUUGGCCGUAUCAGAAUCAUGGGAAAACUCAGAAGGUCAUGAUACCCAGACAGAUUCACCUGUUGAAAAGGAAGACAUUCUUGAGAAAGCUAGAGAAGAAUUGGCAGAAGAGAUUGCAAGAAUGGUGACAUCUGAAUCACCUCAGUGUGGUGAAGGAAGAGAAAAAGCAUUAGAUGAUCUCAUUAAUUCACUGGAGUUUAACCCAUUUUUGACAAGGAAACAAAUUCCCCGGACUCCAGAGAAUCUGCUUACUGAAAUUAGAAACACAUGGAGAAAAGCUAUUCAGUCUGAAGACUUGUCAGAUGCAGAGCUGGUCUCAACUGAAGAAAUAAAAGAUGAUCCAGUGGAUGCCAGUCCUACAAUCCAGGAUAAGGCAGCCAUUAGUUUAGGUGGUGCUUCAUCUUCAUCUGUACCUGACUUUGAUUAUCCAUUGUCAGAACAGAAGUACCAAGGAAGUUCUGCAGAAUUUACAGCUCAAAAGCAGAGGAUGAUAAGACAAAUCAGUGAACCUCUGCUUUUGGAAGAAACAUCUGGAAUAUUAGAGGGUGAGAGCAAUAAAGAAAAAUUAGAGGACGCUGUUUUUGGAGAAAGUUUUAUAGGUAAAACAAAAGAACCAACAUGUGUAUGUGUAGAGAAGAGCUUGAAAACUCCAUGUAUUUCUUCAAAAGACAGUAGUAAAAUGAAAACUCUGCCUUCAAAUCACCUUUUGGAUUUAGCGGAUGAAGAUCUGCAGUGGAAUGUGUCUCCAGAGUUAAGUUCUGACAGUUGUGAAGUUCGUGAUUGUGGGCUGCUGGAUGAGACUACUCCAGAAGAGCUUAAUUGCAGAAGUCCUAAUAAAUCUGUGAUGUCUGAAUCUGCUUUGGGUUUUUCAGAUGAUGUGUUUAUGCCAGAUGAUACAGUUAGUAAAGGGAACACUCAGAAUUUGAGCUCAGAUCUAGAUGAUAUACUCAGGAGAUACAAAAUGCUGGUAACAAGUUUUUCUGAAAAAGAACAGGAACUGGAUGGGGUAUUUAUUGCAGAUGAAUCUUUAAGUUAUUUCUCAGACCCAAGUCUUAGUUCAGAAGAUGAAGAAACAGAAGAUUUGCACUUUUCUCUGGAUGAAGAGUUUACCAAGAUACAUCACCACUUGCCUCCUGACAGAACUCCUUCCCUUACAACUUUUCGUGCCAUCUCUAAACACCUAGAAGAAAUGGCAUCAGAAAUUCAUGAAAUCCCAUUAGACCUGAUGAAGUGGAAGGAUAAUUUGACUAAGAAGCUGAGCACAAAGGAGUGACCAUCGUUAUAGACCUUGUAAAGCACAUGAACAACGAUAAUAUUAAAAUUGUGGUGCACUUGACUGCAUCAUAACUUCUCUAAGCACUGUCCAGCCUGUGUGUCAGACUUCUUGUCAGUGUCAGUUGCUUGCUUUGAUUUCUUGUGUUUCAGGUUGUCUACAGUAGUUUUCUGUGAACAACUCAAAACUUACAUACAAAAUUACAUAUUCCUUUGUAAACACAGCUUUGAAAACAGCAGAUGUUCAGGUUGUUGUUUUUCCAUUUUCUAAAGUUACAUAAAGACUCAAAGGAAAAAGAGCAAAGUUUUCGAUGCCUCUAUCCUCCCCCUUUAAAAUAGUAAAUUAUUUGUUACCCUACCUAUACUGGAUUAUCUCCUCUUGAAAUGUAUGGGCAAGCAUUACCAUCAUUAUUCAGUACUAGAAAGACCCUUUUCUUUAAUAUAUUUCUUCCACUGAAGUAGAAUUUCUAGUACAAUUCCUUUAGGCUUUGUCCUAAAAUUUCAAAUUGAAGUUUCAAUCUAUGAUUUCUGGUAGAGUUAAUGCUAUUUUAUUUUCAAAUAGUAGAUAUUCCCUAGUAGAUUUAUAUAAAUAUGUACACUCUGUGUAACGUAUACAUUUAUUUUCAUGACACUCAAGUGUAACUGACAGUAACAUUAUGAUAGUCCAUUUCCAUGUUCAUAUAGUUGUGGCUGAGCAGCUCAAGAUUAUAUCUGUCUGAAACAGGCACAGCUGUGUUGCUGCAGACUGGAGGUCUAGAGCUUGGUGGUGGUGACUUCACAAAGGCUUCCUAGGAAACUGACCCGAGUACUUGUGCCCUGGUCGGAAAAUGCUUGAAAGCAGGAACCACAGAGCUCUGGUCAGGAUAUUGGCAAAAGAGCUUGGUUAUACAAGCCAGGGAAGGAGCUGAUCAGUUAGGAUGUGCUCUGACACUAUGAUCUGCUUCUUAAAGUUUCCAGAUUCUUUUUGACAUAAUUGUCUCGAGUCAUUGCUACUUGAAGUGGUUUUCUGCUCUAGGGCAUCUGCUGGGAAAGACAUUUUUCUUACCAAACAUGAGUCCAGUGUCCCCUGAGCCUUCGCACGCAGAGCCAUCCUCAAAGACAUGCGUUUGUCAGCUGUGCUCCUGUGGGUAUGUAAAAGAGUAUGGGGGGAAGAACUUGGAAUGGAACUUCCUGGCUCGCAAGACGCACUUACUUGUUAGUGCUACAGAUAUUAUUCACUGCUCUUAAGUUACAAAUGGAAAAUUAUAAUUCUUUGUCCAUGUAGGGUGUAUUGAAUGAUGUAGUUCUUGUUUUCUUUUUUCCUUUUCUGUGGAAGUAUACGAAUGCCAAGGAGACUUCCCAAUUUGUUUGUAUUUUUAACAUUUUGGUCAUAUAUCUGCUUUUAAAUACAUUUUGAAAAUGUGUGUUACUAACUUUGAGCGCAUUUAAUUAGUGAAAAUGAUACUUCCUCUGUAAACAUGCAAAUUAUGGAAAAGGUGAGAACUUUGCAAAUAGGCAAGACUACUGAAAACAGCGGGAUUUGUUAGUGUUUUUGUCUUUUGAAUGUAUGCAUCCUCUUGAAUGCAAUAACUAGCUUUAGGAACCAUUUAAGAUCCAUUUUCUCAUGUUUGCAAGCUAAAAAGAAAAAAGAAAAAAGAUGAAGUGGGGAAAAAAAUUGACUCAACUUUGUUUUAAAGCUGUAAAAUCAUCACUAGAGAAUAAGAUGCUGAUCCAGAGUUUAUGUCAGAUAUGAAUGUAUUACUCAUGAUGAAUAACAAAUGAAUAAUAAAUACAUGUUUAUUUGCACGUAAA